AUGAAAUCGUUCGUUUGGUUCGCCACGCUGCUCGUUGCCCUUGGCCUGAGCCUGCAUGUUGCGCAAGCAUCCAAAGUGCACCCUCAUCGGGAUGUGAAAACACACCACCACGGCACCGUCGACAACGAUGCGCCACUGGCCGAUCGCUUUUCGAAGCUGGAACCGCUCCACGGGCUCGAUGCAAAGCAGCUAAAGUUUCUCCGGUUGGCGGUGCAGUCGUUCGAGAAGACGAUCGAUCGGUCGGACCUGACACCGGACCAAAAGGGGGCCGUCAAGCGGCGGGCACUGGAGCACUUUGUCGGUCGACUGAACCCGGAACGAAGCGCCUCGAAACUCGUUUGUGGGCUGCUGGUGCUCGUGGUGGCGGCCCACGUUCCUGGCCAGGCGAUGACCGACAACGGGACGACGGUAGACAAGGUUGGACCCUUGCCAACCACCGCACCGUCACCACCGGCCAACAACGGGUGGCAACGGCCCCGAAUCCAGUACGAUCGAGAUUUGGUCAUUGAACUCGUCGAGGCGGCCGACUAUCCGAUCGAAAAGCAUGUCCUUACGACGCGCGACGGUUACAUUCUGAAGCUGCACCGCAUUCCCGAUCCGCGCCAGUUCCCCGAAGAGUACGAAGACCGCCAGCAGGAGGAUGGCCACGACGAGCCGAAUCUGCUACGUUUCGGACCCCGGAAACCGCAGUUCCGUGGGGCGGUGCUGCUAGUGCCGGGACUUUUCUCGACGGCGGCCGAUUUCGUCAUCACCGGACCGGAAAAUGGGCUCGCCUUCGUGCUGGCCGACGCCGGUUACGAUGUGUGGAUGGCCAGCGUGCGUGGAUCGCGGUUCGCGCGCAAAAAUGUGCACCUUACCGUGGCGCAGAGCGAGUUUUGGGACUUCAGUUUCCACGAAAUCGGGACGAUCGACAUCGCCGCCAUUAUCGACUACAUCCUGCUGGAAACCAACGAGCAGCGGCUCUACUACGUUGGCCACAACCAGGGCAUGACGGCACUGUUUGUGCUGCUUUCCGCCAAACCGCGCUACAAUCGCAAAAUCCACCACGCCGCGGGCCUGGCAUCGAUCGCGUACCUUGACACCACGGACAGCCACAUUCUGCGGCGUGCCGCCGAUCUUACGGAUCGCGUGUACGCCACACUACGAUCGCUGAACGUGCACGAGAUCAAACCAUCGACCGACAUCGUGCACCUUCUCAGCGGUACCAUCUGUUCCGGUGACACCCGAGAAAUGUGCACCGAAAUGAUGCGCGGAUUGCUCGGUUCCACCGUCGAUCGGUCGCGCAACAUGCUACCCCACAUCGUGGACGAUCUGUGGUGCAGCAUCUCGACCCGGCAGCUGAUCCACUUUGGCCAGCUCAUGCAAACAAAAAAGUUCCAACAAUUCGACUACCGGAACUACAUGCUCAACACGAAGCAGUACGGACAAGCCAAACCACCAGAAUACAACCUGUCGCGAGUGUUGCUGCCGGUGUCGCUGUUUCACGGAGCAAAAGACUUUAUCACGUCCACCCAGGACGCUUUAAGGCUGCGAAACGAGCUACCGAAUGUGAAACAUUUCGUUGAAGUACCGAACAUGAACCAUAUCGACUUCGUGUACUCCGACCUGCUGUACGGCCAGGUGACGAGCAAGAUAAUCGAGAUAUUCAAACAAACUUAA